AUGCCCGGCCAGGACCCGGGGCUGUUCCGCCAGACGCACCUCAUCGCGUCAGGUGCUCAGAACUGGAUAUCUCAGCCUCUGGUGGCCCAUGGCAAGCAGUUUGCGUACGCCUCCACCCUCGCGGUGUACAUUUACAACAACGAGGACCAGCAGCUUCAGAAGAUCACCGGAUAUCAGUCGCACACCAUCACCGCGUUCGCGUGGAACCCGCGGGAUUCCAACCUCAUCGCGGUGGCGACCAACGACGACCACGUCAACAUCUUCGACGUCGCCAAGGACGAAUCCGUCAAGAAGCUCAAAAUGCCCAAGCGCAGCGUCGUCCAGCUGGAAUGGGAUCCUAACAACCCUCAGAUUAUCCGGUGCGUCGCGGACAACACCCUAUGCAAGCUGAACCUCGACAAGAACAUGCUCGAGCAGCUCCGCUUCUCGCCACCCGCGGGACACCGCAUCACGAGGAUGGUGCGCAACGCCAGGCUCUUGUCCAUGUGCGCAAUCGGCACCGAUAAGGGACAGGUGUACCUCUACAACACCGACAACGGCGUCCACGAGACGGUCGUCACCAACUACAAGGAGCCGAUCGUAGACCUGGACUUUGACCCAAAAUCCGAGGAUUACAUGCUGGUUGCGUGCGCCAGUGGACAGAUUUCCAUGUGGUGCGUGCAGGGUGCCUUCAACAUGGACCCCAAGAAGAAGGAGAUUAAACCCAUGGUCAUCACCGAGUUUUCGAGGCAGCCCGCGGGCCUGUGCGCGUGCAAGUUCAUGCCCAACAUGCCCGGCACGUUCGUCACCGCGAGCGACAGGCACGGCGUCCUGCGAACGUGGUCGGUGUCCAACGCCAACCCGAUGAACAUGAUCAAGCUGGAGCAGGGCAAGGUGCACUCUCUCGCGCCGCUGCAGGGCGUGGAGUCGGGUUCGAAGCUCUCGGUGAGCUUCAAGACCGGCGAGGUGAGCAUCGUGGACGUAAGAACCAGGCGGACGCGUUGGGCCACCGCCGGAGGGCACACGGAGACUGUUUUUGACUGCGUCAUUGCGCCUUCAGAUCCGAAUAAGUUAAUCUCGGCUUCCUUCGACGGCACCGUUCGAUGCUGGGACAUGCGAACCAAGGAGCAGACCGCGUGCUUCUACACGGGCGACGCGCCAAGCGGCAGGCUCGGAAGCGAUAACGAGGCACACGAGGCCGGCAGGGGCGCGCUCUACACCUGCGCCAUAUCCUGCGACGGGGGCACCAUCGCCGCGGCGGGCUUUGAGGGCAUCGUGUACUUUUUUGACGUCGAGAGCGGCAAGGCGCUCAAGGCGCACCGGGUUCACAGCGGCGCCGUGCACAGGAUCGUCGCUCAUCCGCUGGAACACGGCGUAUUCGCCACCGCGGGUCUCGACGCGAGGUGCUGCGUGGUGACCAGGGACGGUUUGCGCAAGGCCUUGAACCAUACCAUGCCCAUACAGGGCUGCAGCUGGGACCCAUUCCAGCCGGAUAUCAUCGCGUGCGGCGGGAAGGACGGCACGAUUGAGAUUUGGAACGUCACCAACGACGACCACCAGUCCAUCGACACCAUCCGCGAUAAGCACACCACCAAGGUGUACGGCGUGCUGUACUCCCCGCUGGUUCAGGGACGGCUCAUGAGCGUCUCUGACGAUAAAACCGCGAAGAUCUUUGAGCUCACCCCCGACGGGCGAUACACGGCGAGGAUGCCGGUGACGCUGGAGGGCCACGAGUCCAACGUCCGCGGCCAGGCUUGGCACCCGGAGAUUCCCGAGAUUUGUUUCACGGGAUCCUGGGAUAAGACCGUGCGCACGUGGAACUCCGUCACGGGUCAGUGCCUGCAAGUCACCAAGCGCCACCUCGCCGACGUGUACGCCAUCGCCACGCACCCGGCGAGGCCGUUUCUCGCGGUGACUUGCAGCCGGGACUCCACGAUUCGGUUCUGGAGCACCGAGGAGUGUGCCCCCGCGGCGAAGAUCCGCGCGGUGCUUGGGAAAGACGCGACGUCGUGCUCGAUCGUCGGCGAGGAGAAAAACGGCGACGAGCGCAAGAGGCUGUUGGGCCGCGCGGCGGGUCGAGAUUUGGCAGAAAAGAUGGCUGCUUCCUCAUCCGACGGUGAGAGGUUCGGAGCGGCGUUCGCGGCGCUGUCGGGCGAGCCGCUCGCCGAGGAGCUGUGGUACCUCGCGACGAUCGAGUCCACGGGCGUGAAGGACGCUCGGGGUUUCGGCGCGACGGGUAUCUCCGUGCCGCACAGGUCCGAGGUUGAGUCGCUGGUGGGCGACGCGGCGGCUCGCCUCGAGGAGGCUCGGUUCGUCAAGACCCGCGGCGGCGACAAGAAGGACGUGGCGCUGCGAAAGGCCGCGACGCUCAGACUGGAGCUCGGGGAUUUCCGGGCGUACUGCGAGCUCAUGAAGGAGAUUGGCGAGUGGGACGCGGCGCUGUCGAUCGCGCCCGCGGUGUCCUUGGAGUACUGGAGACGACUCGCGGGUGAACGGAUCAAGUCGAUGGAAAAGGAUGAGGACGCCGACGUCGAGAGGCUCGUCCACCUUCAGCUGGCCGCCGGUAAGGCUUCGGACGCGACCAGCGGCCUAGUUCGCGCCGGUAGGGACGAGGAGGCGUUCACGGUGGCGUGCACAGCCGCGGAGGGACGGUUCGGGCCGGAAAUCGCGGAGGAUGCGGGGGGCACGCCGAGCCCGUCGCCGCUGAAAAAAUUGGCGCCCCUCGGCAGCGGCGGCGGCGGCGGAUCGCCGCCCAAACCCGCGGGCCCGCUGAGCCCGCCGCCCGCGCCGGGUCACCACGCGAGGAUGCCAUCCGACGGGUCCGGCGCGGGAGGCCCGCUGGACACGCUCCCGCACAACCUCGACGGAUCCCUCCCCGCCGCGCUCAAGGCGAGAAAUUCCCUCCCGAGCCUCGGCGGCGGGGUGGGCAAACUGGCGCCGCUUCCCCCCAUCGCCGGCGCGGGCACGCUCAACAAGCUCAGGGCCGUCUCCGCGUUCGGUUCUCUGCAGACCAACGGUAACGGUCACGCGUCGCGCGACGGCGACGGCGGGGCGCUUCCCCCGACCCCCGCCGGCGCGCAGGGCGUCGUCGCCGCCGCAAAGAAAUUUAUCGCCAAGGGGGGCGUCGACGAGGCCUCCACCGUUCGCGGCGCCCAGGCGGCCGCGCGCUUACUCCACGGCGACGCCAUCGGCGCGGCGUCGCGUUACCUCUCCGUGGGUAACACUCGCGAGGCUGUCCGGGCGCUGAUCCGCGGCGCGCAGUUUGAGAUGGCGACGGCGCUCAUGCGAACGCUGCCGGAGUCGUCGCCGGGUUCCAAGGAUGCGGCGCACGUCCUCGCGUGCGAGAGGGCGGUGGAGCUCGGCGAGUGGGAGAUCGCCGCGGAGGCUGCGGGUUCGAUCCAGAACGUCACGGAGCGAAGCUGGAGGCUUCUGCUGGUCAGGGCGCGCUUCGCCGCGACCGAAUCCGACCCUUCGAUCGUCGAGAGGUUCGACAGGAUGUGCGACGCCACUCGCGACGCGGGGGGGGCGUGGGAGGGCGGAUGCGGCGGGGACACCGCCGAGUCCGCGGUGCUCCACGCCCUCGUGGGCGAGACGGACCGCGCCGCGAGCGAGACGGUGCACGCGGUGAACGACGAGCUCGGGAGGAACGGGCAGUGGAACGCGAAGGCGCUCACGCGGCUUCUCGAGGCGCUUCACGUCGUGUCGCACGGGGCAAACGCGUUGAAGCCGAUUGACCCGGUGAUACGCGCGGAGGUGACGUUACAGCGCUGCUACCUCUCCGCGCUGGUCCUCUCCAGCGCGGGUUACACGCCAGCGGCGAAUGCGCUCUUUCACCACGCUCGCGCGGCGCUUAAGCACCUCAACAAGGGGGAGGCUCGAUUCGGGUUUCCCCACGCCAUCGCGAUGAUCUCCAUCCACGAGCUGUCGCUGAUGAUGGGCCACCAUCCGACGGAGGCGGAGGAGGGUUUGGCGGAGGUGGCGGAAGCCGCGAGCGUUCCCAUGCAGCUGCGGGAGAUCGCGGCGCGGCUUCACGCCAACCUGACGGCCACGAGCGAUAUACCGCGGGAGGAGCCCGCGCUGCCCGCGAUGGAGAGCAUCGUCCCGCCAGUCGGGUACAACGGCGCCAUGGACUGGAAGGCUCCGAAGAUGACGAUGGGGGACGCGCUGCGAACGGCGAGGAUGUGGGACGCGGCGGGUGCGACGGACCACGCGUUCUUCCGCACCCCGCACUGA